AUGUUUGUAGCCGAUUACGAUCCGACCAUCGAGGACAGCUAUAUUCAACACACGUGCGUCGACGAUGAGUUUUGCGUGCUCGAUGUAUUGGACACGGCCGGUCAAGAGGAGUUCAGUGCGAUGCGAGAGCAGUACAUGAGAAAAGGAGAUGGUUUCAUGAUUGUCUAUUCGGUCACCGACCCGAACAGUUUCAAAAACGUUCCUAAUUUUUUCACUCAGAUACUUCGGGUCAAAGACAGAGACGAAUAUCCAAUACUGCUGGUGGCCAACAAGGUGGACCUGGUGCACUUGCGCAAGAUCAGCGAGAGCGAAGGUCGCGCGAUGGCUAACAGAUUAAAUUUGCCGUACAUGGAGACCAGCGCCAAAGAUCCACCUCAAAACAUCGACGGCGCUUUUCACGAGGUGGUGCGCAUCAUACGGAACCAUCCUAAAGAAUUAUCCGAGGACCGUCGCCGUAGACGUCCUAAAUGCUUAAUCAUGUAA